UGAAACUAACCCUGAUCCACUGCCCAGAGGGAGCCAUGGCUGCAGAGAACCCCGUGGAAAGUCUCCAGGAGGAAGCGACAUGUCCCGUCUGUCUGGAAUAUUUCACAGAACCAGUCAGUGUGGAGUGUGGGCACAAUUUCUGCCGAGCCUGCAUCAGCCAGGGUUGGGAGGGAUCCGAUACAGCCGCCUCCUGCCCUCAGUGCAGAGAAACUGUGCAACAGGGAAACCUCAGGCCCAACAGGCAACUGGCAAAUGUCGUAGAACUCGUCAAGCAACUGAGUUUACAGGCAGCAAAGGGAGCAGGAGGGGACAGGGUGUGCGGGGAGCACCAGGAGGCUCUGAAACUGUUUUGUGAAGAGGAUCAAACCCCCAUCUGUAUGGUGUGUGACAGAUCCCGGGCUCACCGCGCUCACACGGUGGUUCCUAUCCAGGAGGCUGCACAGGAGUACAAGGAAAGAAUCCAGGCCCAUUUGAAAACUCUGAGGGAAGACAGAGAAAAGCUGCUGGGAUUGAAAGCGACUGGAGAGAGGAAUUGCCGGGAAUAUCUGAAACAAACACAAACCGAGAGGCAGAAGAUUGUGUCUGAAUUUCAGCAAUUGCAGCAGUUCCUGGAGGAGCAAGAGCGACUUCUGCUGGCCCAGCUGGAGAAGCUGGACAAGGAGAUUGUGAGGAUCCAGAAUGAAAAUCUCAGUAAACUCUCCCAGCAGAUUUCCUGUCUGAGUGAGCUGAUCAGUGAGCUGGAGGGGAAGUGUCAGAAGCCAGCGAGUGAAUUCCUACAGGAUGUCAGAACCACCUUGAGCAGGUCUGAGAAGGGGAAGUUUCAGCAGCCGGAAGAGAUUUCUCCUGAAGUGGAAGAGCGAGUCAGUGAUUUCUCCCAGAAAAUGAUUCUGCUAUUGGACAUUCUGGGGAAGUUCAAAGACACUCUGCCGUCUGAAUUGGAGAGAAAAAGAGGAGAAUUCUUUGGAGCACACAGACAGGGUGAGUCUGCGGGUGAAGAUUGCCUUUAAAUUAUGAGAAUAUUCCAGAGAAAACAUCUUCAUGAGAUUGUAGCUGAAGUUACCAACCAAACUGACAGCGACCAUGACACACACAGCCCUAAAAAUAACACAUUAAACGGUCAGGAGAUCCAGGGGC